GUCCACUGGUCUUUGGAAAGCAAGGAUGAGAAUCGGGAAAAUUGUAACUAGGAGCUAGGGUAGAGAUUGCUUACAAUUCACUUUCUGGGAACAUUGGUUUGUUUGUUUUUUAACCUUUUCGGUGAUUUCUUUACUGCUCUGGGUUAAAUAAAGAAGCCUUCAGUUUAACCCGACAUUUUCUUAAUGCUAUAUGUAUUGCAGUUGUCAAGGCGAAUAUAACCGUAUUUUACCUUUUUGUAAAAUAAGUUGCCUCAUUUGCCAAACUGGGUCCUGGGCGGCCAAAGCAUUGUUUCGCUUUUGCUGCAAAAGAUUGACACAGCUGCCUCUCUGAAAUGUGCAUUUUCUGAGGUGUUCUCUUUUAAAUUCGUGCUUGCCGCCUUAAAUCCUAAGGAAUAAAAAGGGCCAGUUUUAAGACUUUUGGAAUGAGCUGAAACUACAACUCCCAGAAUCCCACCGACUCACGGGAAAAGCGUCUACUCUCGAACAAAGUCUCCAUUCAAGGCUGGCAGGCAGUAAAACGCCAGCGCGGAACAGGAGGGGCGGCUAUUCUUAUCAUAGCCAAUGCCCUGUUGAGCAAAAAAAUCAUAGCUUCGUUCUUCGGCUAGAGAAAGACGAAGGACUGCACAGGAUGUGUGCCGCAUUAGCGAAGCUAAAAGGGUGGGAUUAUGAAAUUUCUCCAAUUGGCUGCAAGGGAAAUAUUCCUCCCUCUCACCCUCCCUGCAAGUUUUAGACAGUGUGAGCUGGCUAUCAUUCUGAGAAUCCUGCACCACAUGCAGCAUGGAGGCUUCUAAAAAGCCAGUCCUCUAUACUUAUUUCAGAAGUUCCUGCACCUGGAGAGUGAGAAUUGCACUGGCUCUGAAAGGAAUUGCCUAUGAUUCAGCACCUGUCAACCUUGUGAAGGAUGGAGGGCAGCAGCUGACACCAGAGUUCCAAGCAGUGAACCCAAUGCAGCAAGUCCCAGCCCUCAAAAUUGAUGGCAUCACCCUCUCGCAGUCAGUAGCGAUAAUAGAGUACCUGGAGGAGACGCGUCCAAAACCUAGUCUCCUGCCCCAGGAUCCAAAGAAGAGAGCCCAGGUGCGGAUGAUCUCAGAGCACAUUGCUUCUGGAAUUCAACCCUUGCAGAACUUGACUGUCCUGGAGCAGUUCGGCGAGAAGAAGCAAGAAUGGGCAAAGAACUGCAUUUCUCGUGGUUUCAAAGCUUUGGAGCAGAUCCUGCGUGAAACAGCUGGGCGCUACUGUGUUGGGGAUGAGGUAACCAUGGCUGACCUUUGCUUGGUUCCCCAAGUUUUCAAUGCCGGGAGGUUUAAAGUAGAUCUUACGCCAUUCCCCACAAUAAACAGAAUCAACAAAGCUCUCUUGGAACUGGAAGCGUUCCAAACCAGCCAUCCAUCACGGCAGCCAGAUACCCCUUCAGAACUAAGAGCCUAAAGCUGCCCCAUUUUUUUACUGAGGAAGAUUUGGGCCUAACUUUUUUUAAAAAAAUUAUUAUCUUGUGAACUGCCCUGAGACCUGCAGGUGGUAUAUAAAUUAAAUAAAUAAAUAAUAGUAAUAAUAAUUUGCCCAUAAAGGGACUCUAUGUGCCACCAUCUAGGAAGAACCACAACUUGAAUGAUUUCCUGCUAAGAGAGGGAGAUGCACUCCACCAGCAUGGUUUAUUCUGGUUUUAUU